CUGCCCCCCACCCACCCACACACCACCCAGCCCGUUCCCGGCGCCGCACCACCCAAAACCGCCCAGCUCCCGAUGCUCCCCCCAAUCCCGGCGCGCCCGGCGCCGCACCUUCCUCCCGACGGGUUCAUCACGACCGGUGCCGCCCCCUCCCUCCUCUGCUGCGGUGGUGCGGAGGGCGGAUUCGGCGAGCUCGCACGGCAUCCACGGUGGCCUCCGGCAAUCUCAUCGCGUGGCGGCCUCUGCAGCUUUGCAAUCCUUGACUGCCCGUGGGAUUUUAGCGGCGCAAUCGGUGGAGGCAAUCCUUCGCACUGUUGAUUGCUAUCCCCCGAAUCCCAUCUCCGUUGUUGCCCCUGGCACACCGCCUAGGCGAUUAUGGCGGAACCGCCGGAGCUGCUCAAUGCGGGACCUGCCAGACCCCAGACUGCGGCUGCCCUGCGAACUGUGGUGCUGCCGUGUAAUCUCUAUGCCGCAGUGCAUAGAUCUACUCAUUCUCGACCAACAUCAAGUGAAGUUCAGAUCUUUUGUCUGCCCAAAUAACUCCCUUGUUGGUGUCCCCUGGCGAAAGAGAGAGGCAGCUAGGCUGCUAACGUCAAUCUGCUGCAUGCAUCUUGGAUGCGGUUCUUUGGGUGGCAAUGGAGCUGCAGAAGCAAUGGGCCAGAGGCCUGACUCACAGGGAGGUAGGUGGUUGGGAGUAUCUUCAGCUGCACCUCAUUCUGUUCAGAUGCCAUGGUACUCAGUGAGAUUGGCUAGGCAUCAGAUGAUCAGAGCUUCAGGUUGUGAGUACUGCCUCUAAUUCGAUCCACCUACGACAUUGGGAAUGCUGCUAGGGUAUAGCAAAUUCUUAACAAAAAAAGAAUCCGGAAGAGGUCGCAAGCAACCUACAAGAACGAAUUCACCGCGCGGACUGCGACGAGCUCAACACAUUUUAUUUUUGUCGUUAGCCUUAUUCAGUCUGAUAAGACUAACAUGUCGCAUGCACAGAGAUAUUUACAAAAUAUUGUACAAUACCGAUCUGGUUGAAUUGUUUAACACUUACUAAGAAAUAAGGUUUUCCAUCGGCCAUCUUUUUGUGGCUGCAAUGUUUA